AUGACUGUAUCUGAUGAUGGAAUUCCUCUUUCCAUAUUGGAUCAUCCAUUCAAUGAGACAAACGGUAGUGAGCUUGACAAAUAUCUGCCCAACACCUUUGGUCUGUCAGAACAUGAAAUGUUUCCUUCCGGGAAAGGGCUGAAUAUUGAAAGCCAAUUUAUAGCAAAUAAACAGAAGAUGAAUUUAUCUAGCAAUGGAAUUUCUCCUCCAUCUAUGUCGGAUUAUUCGUUCAUGUCCUUGCCCUGCGAGCCUGUUGGUACUGAGCUUGACCAAUAUCUGACCAUGGACAACACCUUUGAGCUGCGGCAACAUGGAAUGUUUCCUUCCGGGGAGGAACUCAUGAGCCAUAAUCUAUUUCAUAUCUUUCCUUUCGACGAGGAACUGAUAAAUAAUUAUCGGAUGUCUGGGCAGUUGAGCAAACUUUCUCACUCAGGGAAUUCCCAGACAGUAAAUGAUAUUUCCAUGCCAGGAGAACGAUAUCGUGAUGGUAUGUUACCAAAUAAUUUUUCGUCUGAACAAAUGUUGAAUUGGGAAGGAGCUGAGCGCGUAAGAGUAUGCGCUAAUGAUAGCUCCAAUUACGAGGUUCUACAUGGAGAGGAAAGGAAGGGGCUGGAAUUGAUUCAACUUUUGCUAGAGUCUGGACAAAUGAUAAGCGAGGGGAAAUAUGAUUACGCUGCUGGACUGGUGAGCAAAUGCCAGAAUUUGUCUUCUCAGCUGGGGAAUCCCACACAAAGGCUCGGCUAUUAUAUCUCCGGCGCCCUGCAGGAUAGAAUCAAACGCCAGACUCUCGGCAUGUUAAAUAACGCAGCUAAAAGAGUCCCAGAUUUUGCCUUCAAUAUUGAUGGUGAAUUUGACAAAAAUGAGUUUUUCAGUCUCCUUGCUUACUCUAACAGAGUUCUGUCCUAUAUCAAAGUGAUGCAGUUCACGUCUGUGCAGGCAAUCAUAGAUGUCGUGGGGAAUGCGAAGAGAAUUCAUGUCAUUGAUCUAGGGAUGCGAACUGGGUCGCACUGGACAGUAUUGAUGGAGUAUCUUGCACAUAGAUCUGUUUACUCUUCUUUCCCUACGCUUGAGCUUCUGAAGAUUACAGCAGUUGGGAUGAAUGGUGAAGAGCUUAGGAAAAGCGGACAAAGACUUCAUGAGCUGGCUAAAUCUUCCGGGAUUCCAUUAACGUACAACUCGGUGGAGAUUGCAAGCAUAGAGGAGAUUAAGCAAGGUUUAUUCACCGUUAAAUCUGGUGAGGCGUUGGCAGUCUAUGCUCCAAUUGUUCUGAGAAGUUUGUUAUACGACCCGGUCCUUCUGGACAAUAUCUUAAGUGUUAUGAAGAAACUGAAGCCAAGAAUAAUGGUGAAUGUUGAAAUAGAAGCGCAGCAUAAUUCUCCAUCUUUUGUAAACAGAUUCAGCGAGGUGCUUUUCUAUUACAUGGCGUAUUUUGAUCUGUUGGAUGUUACCUUAACGGACAGAAAUGAUAUUAAGAGGGUGAAGCAUGAAGAAUUAAUUACUGGAAGUCAGAUAAGGAAUAUGAUUGUCUAUGAGGGGAAGGAGAGGUCUGUUAGGCAUGUUAGAAAUGAUGUGUGGAGGUGUUUCUUCAAACAAGCAGGGUUCAGGGAGAAGAGUUUCAGCUUUCAAGCUAUGUAUCAGGCUAGAUUGUUAUUAGGAGAACAUGCUUCUGGAGAAUAUUAUACUCUAGAGGCCGAUGGAUAUGCCAUAAUUGUAAAGUGGAAAGGAACACCAUUAAUUGCACUCUCCGCAUGGGGUGGUAUAUGA